CACAAUUCUUUUCUAGUUUCGAUAGUUUAUUUUUUUUUAUUUCUUUAGUAUCCCCAGGAAUUUUGAUCUUUUAGCAAAAUCACUAUGAAGUAUUUUGAGGUUUCUAGCUCAAAGAGAAUAGCUCAAGUUAGUUGCGCAAUUAUUUGGUGUAUAUUUGCUGGUGGUCCCAUAUUUGGUUUUGCUGCUUUAAAACCAUUUUUAAUCAAAGAAGGGGUUUAUCAAAACGUCUGUAUUCCCGAAGAAAAAUUCCAGGUUACUGAUUUCCUUCAUGGGUUGGAGAAAACACUAUGCACAGAACAAGAUUUGAAGCUAAACUUCAUAUUUACGGUUUCUGCUGUGUUAACUAAUGUCUCAUCGUUACCCAUCGGUUAUAUUUUAGAUUUUUAUGGUCCCAAAGUGUGCUCACUAAUAGGUUCCUUUUUUUUACUAUCGUCAUGUAUUAUAUUAAUUAAUACCAAAUUUUUUUUAUCACUAGACAUUUUUGAUCCAUAUUUGGCUGGGUUUGGUUUGUUAGCUUUGGGUGGUCCAUUUACUUAUAUUUCAAGUUUUCAACUCUCAAAUUCCUUUCCAAUAAAUUCUGGUACAAUUUUAGCACUAUUGACUGGAGCGUUUGAUGCUUCAUCUGCUACUUUUGUCUUUUACAAAAUAAUCAAUAACUUAUUUCCAAAAUUUUUAAUUUCAGAUUUUUUCAAAUUUUAUCUAGUCAUUCCAAUUUUCAUUGUUUCAGUUCAAUUUUUAUUAAUGGAAAAGGAUUCUUAUCUUCAAAUUAAUCCUUCAUCUCCAGAUUACCCCACAAAUAAAUUCAACCAAUCUAAAAAUCAAGAUGUUAAUGUAAUUGUUAAUGAAACAACUUCUUUAUUACCUCACACUCGUGAUAAUGAAAAUAUUCCAAAUAAUAGUAAUAACAACAACAACAACAAUAACAGUAUUCUCGAUGAUCCAUCAGGUAGAGUUACAACAUUAUCAAGUCGUUUGUCAAUUUCAAGUAUAGAAGGAUAUCAAAGAAGAAGAUCAUCAUUAGUGGAUAUCAACAGAUUGUCAAGAGUUGAAGAAAACUUAUCUCCUGAAGAAUUGCUACAACAUUCUGGUGGUUUAUUUAAUAUUAUGGCCGAAAAACCUCUAAAAUCUCAAUAUCUCUCGGCUUGGUUUAUUUUAAUAACACUUUUCACUGUCAUUCAAAUGUUGAGAUUGAAUUAUUUCAUUUCGACUAUAAAUUCUCAGUACACAUAUUUAUUUGAUUCGAAUGAUAAAGCAAAUGACUUAAAUAGAAUUUUUGACAUCUUAUUGCCGUUAGGUGGUAUAAUAUCAAUUCCAUUUGUUGGUUACUUCUUGGAUACAUAUCAGCCUGUGACAGUUUUAACUACUUUAUCACUUUUAAACAUUGUAAUUGGUGUUUCAGGUAUAGUUAAAAAUAAUUUCUUUUUUGGGAUUCUAAAUGUCUCUCUAUUUGUGCUUUGGAGACCGUUUUUCUACACAACUGUUAGUGAUUUUGUUGGAAAAAUCUUUGGCUUUUUAUCUUUUGGUAUCAUUUAUGGUUCAAUUAUGUCCUUUGCUGGUAUUUUCAAUUAUUGUCAAAAGAUUUUAGAUGUCUACACCCAUACAAUUUUCAAUAUGAAUCCAAUUCCAAUUAACUUGAUUCUAAUCACUCUAACUUUCAUAAUUUCUUCUUCGUUGAUAAUCUUUGUAAACUACCAGGCUUCCAGCAUUGGAAAGAAGAAGUUGGCUGAAUUCUAGUGAUUGUUCUCUUUAUUUCGUUAUAUAUUCUCUUUAAUACACUUUUGAACUUUAU